GCGAUGACGUAAUUACGUAUUGAGUCGUCCAGUCGUGGCUGGCUCACGUGUGACUUUGUUAUUAAUGUUUUGUUUCUCUGGAUAUUCAGUAUUAAACAAAUGUAAGCUCAACUUUGGGCAUUUAAUUCACCCGUUGAAUAUCUGUUCACUAUCUGAAGUGUCUAACUGUUGGCGCUGCAGUGACCGAGACGUAACGGAAUCUAAGUCUGCUUUUUAGUUAUAGCACUGGCACAGUAACCCUAACGUUAUGCAAAGCAGGUGGUCAUGGCUUGGAAGUCGAGGACCCGUAAUCUACAGGUGUUUGACACGGAGCUGAGUGCUGACACGGUGGAGUGGUGUCCUGUUGCAUCGAACCACGAUGUCCUGGCCUGCGGGACGUACCAGCUGCAUAAAGGGGCAGAGGAAGAGGAUGCCACCCCAAGGCGGACUGGUCGCUUGUACCUUUUUGAAUUUCGGCGAGAGGGAUCUAUGAUCCCUCCUCUCACUGAGCUACAGCGCAUGGACACCGCGGCCAUUUUAGAUUUGAAAUGGUGCCAUGUGCCGGUGUCAGGGAGGGCAGUGCUGGGAAUGGCAGCUGCCACCGGAGAGCUGCAGCUGUACACGCUGUCAGACAGUCAGGAAGGUGGCUGUAGUCUGCACUCGCUGUGCAGUUUGGAGGUGGGAGCAGAGCGGCUGGCUCUGUCGUUAGACUGGUCCACGGGGAGAAUGGACAGCAGUGAUGUGCGGGUGGUGUGCAGCGACUCUGCAGGCUGCAUCAGUGUGCUGUCCCUGGCUGAAGGCGCUCUCACAGCUCUGUCACAGUGGAAAGCCCAUGACUUUGAGGCCUGGAUCUCAGCCUUCUCCUACUGGGACACACAGCUGGUUUACUCUGGUGGGGAUGAUUGCAAACUUAAAGGCUGGGACCUCAGGGUCGGCCCCUCCUGCCCCACGUUCACCAGUAAAAGGCACUCGAUGGGUGUGUGCAGUAUUCACAGCAACCCACAUCGGGAACACAUCCUGGCUACAGGCAGCUACGAUGAGCAGGUUUUGCUGUGGGAUGGCAGGAACAUGCGGCAGCCUCUCAGCGAGAGUCCCGUGGGCGGUGGCGUGUGGAGGCUCAAGUGGCACCCGACUCACCAGCACCUGCUGCUGGCAGCCAGCAUGCACAAUGACUUCCACAUCCUUCACUGCCAGCAGGCCCUGGAGGGCAGUGGAGGAGCGUGUCCGGUCGUAGCCUCCUAUAUCCUCCACAACUCCCUGGCGUACGGAGCCGACUGGUCCCAGCUGUCCCUGGAGGAGCCCGUUCCUUGCUCCCCCGUUGCUGCAGAACCAAAGGAAAGCCUCACAGAGAGCGGAGGACACCUGAGAAUUCAGUACGAAUCUCCCACUGCCAGCUUCGACACUUCCCUAGAAGAUGAUGCAGGACGAUACAUCCCAGAGGGCAUUGCAGCGCCCUCUGUCAGUGGGGAUAGAGGUCCAGGCCCUGCCCUCAACUCGAACGAGGACGCGUCUUCACUGUCCUGUCUGCUGGCAAGCUGCUCAUUCUAUGACCAUAUGCUCCAUGUGUGGCGCUGGGACUGGACUCCAGAUGAGGCUCAACAGGAAUCAGAGCAAUGUGGACCAGGCUGAGCACCGGCUACAUUGACACUACAGAAAUAUCUUCUAUCAAAUUAUACCAUGCAGCGAAGUAAAGCAGAAUGUACAGCCCAGCUAUAACAUUGGCAUGAUGUUAUUCCAUUCAGUGUCUUCACUAUGCAGUCUCCACACUUUGGAAUAACUUAUCACAGAAUAUGCAAUUAGGAAAAUGGUAUAUUUUCGUAAUGACACAGAUUUUUAUAAACUUGUAUUUAAAGUGAAAUUGCUUAUAAUCCUUUUAAUGUACAUCAUGUAGCAGCAAGAUCAAAACAACCAUUCACCCAGAUACCUUUCCUUUUAUUGUAGCUUUUUUUCAGCACUUUGUGAUCGUGUUGAAGAUGAUUGUUCACAAAAACACCAUGCUUAAAGAAUAGCAACAAUUGUGUUACUGUAGGUACCCAUGCAGUAUGUGUGAAUGUAUCUGAUCACUUACUCUAAGGGAAAUUCUCUUCAUUUCUAGCCCUCAGCCUUCUAAGGACAUUGUGCUCCUGGAUUCAGUUAAGCAUAAGGAUAUUUUUGGCAGGGUUGAUGCUUGAUGACUUGUGAUUUUAGCCCAGAUUAGCUGGUUGAAGGCAGGUAUUAAAGUUCUGCUGUAGUGAACUUUCUCUAGAUAACCCCUUUUUGCAUUUGUAUAUGAUAAUGCCAGCAUCUGGGCUGCUCCACAAAAAUUUGGGGUGGUAAUCUUUACCAUAUGAGGAUUUUGGAAACUUUACCACAAAUGUAUAUUCAUGACACUUUCUGACCAAUAAAGUUCAAUUGACAAGUU